GGGAACCAACUGUGAGUAAUCAACGGCGCAUGUGCAAUCUUUGUACUGUUCCUGCUUGAAACUUCAUAAGAAAAGGAGGGCGUUUUAACUGUUUUACCCUUCCCGACCCUUUCUUUCCUCGGGAGCAUAACAAAUUAUCAAAAGAUGGCGUUUAAAAUGAGACAGAGUAAAUUUCGGCAUGUGUUUGGUCAGCCAUUGAAAAGGGACCAAUGCUUUGACAAUAUAAGGAUUUCAAAAAGCUCCAUAGAGUCCCUGUUCUGUGCAGUGAAUCCUAAAUAUGUUGGUAUAGUAACAGAAGCUGCAGGAGGAGGAGCAUUUCUUGUGCUUCCAAUAGAGAGGACAGGUCGUGUAGAGCGCGACCACCCAAUGGUCGUUGGCCACAAGGGGCCAGUUCUAGACAUUAAGUGGUGCCCACACAAUGAUGAUGUAAUUGCCAGCGCCUCAGAUGAUGCCACAAUCAAGGUGUGGCAGAUUCCAGAUGAAGGAGUCCUUGAAAACCUGACAGAGCCUAUUGUUGACCUGGAGGCCCAUAUACGCAGAGUGACGAGGAUAGAGUGGCACCCAACUGCGCUCAACCUCCUCCUCUCGGCUGGUGCUGACAACAAGAUGUUCCUGUGGAACUGUGGGACAGGAGAAGCGAUUCUGGAGAUUGAGACUCCGGACGUUGUCCUCAGUAUGUCCUUUAACUAUGAUGGCACUCGGUUUGCUACCACCUGUAAGGACAAAAUGUUGCGAGUAUUUGAGACCAGGAGUGGAGACACCAUUGUGGAGCACAAAGUUCAUGAUGGGUCGAAGCCUGCACAGUGUGCAUACCUUAAGGAUGAGAAAAUCUUCACAACUGGCUUCUCUAGGAUGAGUGAGAGACAGUAUGCCUGCUGGGAUGUCAACAACAUGUCCUCUCCGAUGACGAUAGAGAUGAUAGACAACAGUAACGGGGUUAUAUUCCCUUUCUAUGAUUCAGACACAGGGAUGGUCUUCCUCUGUGGAAAGGGAGACAGUAUAAUCCGUUACUAUGAGGUGACGGAUGAGGCCCCAUUCGUCCACUACUUGAACCUGUUCCAGUCAAAGGAUGCCCAGAGAGGCAUUGGCUACAUGCCCAAGCGUGGCCUCAAUGUCAACAGCUGUGAAAUUGCCAGAUUUUACAAGUUGUUAAACAAUGGUGUGUGUGAAGUCAUUCCAAUGACAGUGCCAAGAAAGUCUGACUUGUUCCAAGACGACCUGUACCCAGACACACCAUCAGACACUGCAACUCUCACUUGUGAAGAGUUCAUGGAGGGAAAUAAGGAUUCCAGUCCCUUACUGAUUUCAUUGAGGUCAGGUUACAUUUCUUCUAAAAAGGAAAAGAUUUUAGUGAAAAAGAAUGUAUUGGAUCCCAAUGUUCCAAAAGCCAAACCUAAACUGGGCGGCAAAGCAGCUCCGCAAUCCCAGCCUGCAAAACCUGCACCGUCAGUCGCGGCAAACGGAGCUGUUGAGACGCCCAAGGCAACUGCCCCUGCCCAUGUCCCCGCUGCUGCCUCGGCACCGGCACCAGCACCAGUACAGCAGCCAGCCACACCCCCACAGCCAGCAGGCCCCACCCUCCCAGCGGAUUUUGAUGCCGCCAAGUUGAUGCAGGAUGUUGUUGCCCUGAAGAAAGUGAUCAAACAGCAGGACAAGAAGAUUGAGGCCCUGGAAGAGAGGCUGGUUCAGAGCGAGGCUGGGAAACACACACCUGGCAACAAUGACACGCCCCUUGAGAACAACGAACAAUCCCCUGAUGAACAGGUCAACAACUAGGAGGACAAAGAAGCUUAAGUGGGGGCAACUCUGCUGCCUUGUCUUUUUAAACUCACUCAUAAACAAUUAUAAACUAAUGAUAGCUAUGAAUGAUUGAAUUUUCCAGUGGUUUUUAUUUUGUAAACACUUUCUUUGAGGUACUUACUGUUAGGUAAAGGUAAAAUAUUGUUUUACUAUUUGUUAAGUGAGAUUGUGAAAUGUAGGCCAUAUACUACUUAAGAGUGUAAGAAAUAUUUGCAUUUUAUACUAUUCUGACAUUAAUGGCACUUCAUGAUAUGUUUUUGUUUGCUAUAAGAUGAUGUUUACUCUGCUGAUUAAGGGAUUAACGUAUUUCAAUUAAUUGCCUUUUAUUUCAUUGAAAUGACCUUUAUUUCGAUUCACUGCCCUUUAAUGAUGAGUGCAUUGGUGCAUUUUGUGUGAUGUUUAAAUGAAGCAUGAUCACAGUAAGAGUAAUAGUAUAUUUUUGAUAGAAAUUUGUUUUUGUAGAUAUUUCAUUUCAGUUGCUGUAUAUGCUACAAUUUGUAAGUAGGUAUUGUUCUUACAAUAUUGGCUUUAAUUCGAGACACGGUGUGAUUCAACUUUUUUUAACAAAGUUUAAUGUAUAUUAGGACAGAAUAUUAUGUAUAUAUAGGCGAGUUGAAACAAGAACAUGUACAUAAUUCAAAUAGUGUUGGGCAUAUUGUCCUUUAGGUUUUGUUUUGUGAAAUAUUUGAUGAGAAAUCAGAAUGAUUACAUGAAUCAUCUUCGUGAAUUUUACUGAAUUUGGAAUACUUGAAAGGUUAAUCACAUCAGUGUCAUAUUGAUUAUGGUAGUGCAAGUAGUAAGUUAAUUGAACACACCAAUGUUUCAGAUGGGUACACUACAUAUCUCAAGAUGCCAUGUAAAGGGACCACGCUUGGAAAUAAAUGGCCCUUGGUUAUUGCGUGUGCUCUAUCAGGUCUUGCUUUUGUUCAGGAAAUUUUGACAUAGUGGAGAUUUUAUGCACGUAUAUUUUUUUUUAAAGAAAAAUUGCAUUACAAUUGACUGGGUACUAUACAUAUUUGCUUAGAUUAAACUAGUACUGUUUGGAAACUUCUGAUUGGUACACACAGCUAAAACGUUUUUAAGUACUUGUUUUUACCUUUGUAGUUAUCUGUCAUAUUUGUAGUAGUUACAUUACAAGCUUUCAAUAUUUGCUCCUAAUUAAUUUAAAUUGCAAAGCCACCUUGUUGCCAAAAUCCCCAUUUUAACAGAAGAACCCUUCCUAGUGCUGCCUCGUCGUCUACUUAUUGAAAAAAAAUACUCCUUUUUUUGUUUGUACUGAAAAUACUUUUCAUCUUGGCAUUCAUUAUAUGUGUUCAUUGCUGUUGGUUAUUUUGAGAAUGGUAUUUACUCCUGUCUCACAGAAUCAAAGCUGUAUAUUUGCAAUUGUGUGCUUGCUUUUGCCUCCGUAUAUAUGAACACAAUGAGGACAUUGUGCCAGUGUAUUACCAGUGCUUGUUACUAUACAGAAUGUGUCAUGUCUUCCCAUUGGGCUCAUCUUUGUUGUAAUAUAUUUGUGUGUUUUUUUUGUUAUUUCCGUUAAAACAAGUUUGGCUAUGUUUAGAUUUCUUUAGAAACUUAAGUAACUGAUUGCAAUUUGUUAUCCUUGUAAAUGAAAACAGAAAUAUCAGGUGGUUUUAUUCUUUGAAAAAAAUGUUAGAGUUUGAUACUUUUGGCUAACAACACCAACUUUGAAUCUUCAUGUUCGUCUUCUUGCAUCAUUGGUUGCUCUCUGGGUUUCUAACUCACUGUUUAGAUAUAAGAAGGAGCCAUAUUUAUUUUUUGAUUAUUAAGUGCUUAUGCUAACUUUUUGAGAGUGAGAAUUUUUGUAUUGUGCUGUUAAUUUUGGUAUUUUUUUACUUUGUUUUGUUAUAUUUAUUUCAUAGAUGCUAUUUUUUUAAUUUUAAUGAUAAAGAACUUGAGUGUGUUUGAUUUUUGUAUUACUUCUUAAGUGUACCAGUCAGUUUGAUUCAGACACAUUUGUGUACUUACAUAUUGUAUUUUGUCAGUGGUACUUGUGGAAUGUGGAUGAUAUAGCUAUGAGUUGCCUUAGAAAUAUGAUUAGGAAAAUAAAGUAAAUAGAGCCUACUAAUAUAAGGAUAUUACAUUUAAACAUUACCACCCAAGGAAGGCAUAAUUCUCUAGGGGGAGGGGCCUGUUCUCUAGGGGCGGGCCAGUUCUAUAUGGGGAGGGGCCUGUUCCUUUUUUGAUUCAAGUUUAAAAAAAAAAUGCUCUUUAUGGGAACAGUCUAAUUUGAAAGAGUCUUCCUUGGGCUGGAUGAAUGAUUAAAUGGAAUAGCCCUAAGCAUGGUCUGAUUAUAGUGGAGGUAUUAUUAUGUAACAUUGUAUACUGUCUUAAUGAAAUCAAUCAAGUGUUUAUGAACAUUCCAUUAUGUUCAGAACAAUGUGAUACAUUUGUAUUUAUAUACAUUUUUACUUCAUUAAUAAUUUGCAAAGUUUUUUAGUUUGUAGUUUUUUAAUUGGUACUUCACCAAAACUAUGUUUUGUUCAUUCGAAUUAUCACACCUUAAUUUUGGAAAUUACCAAAAAACAAUGAUGAUUCAAUACUAUAAAAAGGAGCCUUGUGAGGUAAUGUUGCAAUAUAUGAGGGUAUUACAUUUUAACAACAUUGCUUUGAAAACCAGUUUGAAAUUGAACUCAGAGGAUAUUGUUUAACAAUUAAUCACUAAAUACUAAUGUUAUAUAGAAAUUAAUGUAUUUUUGGUUUGGCCCAUUCCUGUUAAAAAACUUUAUGAGAAAAAUGAUGUUUCAUUAUGCCAGCCUACAAAUCUAUUGGUAUCCAAAACUGAUGAACAAAAAUAAUUUGGGGCGGCCUUUAAACUUGGCUUUUCCUUGUAAAAACUGUACUUUGUGUAUGUGUUAUGUGUGCUUGUGCAAUGCAAUGUCCAUUUGUACUAACUUAUAGCCAAUGUUUUAUUUUGCCUAUUGAUAUUUAAGUUUGAGUUCAUACUGCCUACUGCCGACGGCUGAAUUAAAUACAUCUACAUGAAUCACCAAGCUACAUUACUUGAAAUCACGUUACAUGUAUACAUGUAUAUCAUCACGGUGGUGUAUUCAACCUGCUCAUGUUACCAUGACUUCUACAGAUUUGGGUUACAUGUUACUGUGUAACAUGCAUAUAACUGUUAUGAUCACUUUUAAGAAAGAACAGACUUAGACUUUAAUAUAGAAUAAUGUGUAGCAGAUAAUAUUAUUUUUCUUUAAUUGUAUAUUCAACUUAUCUUUUGAUUACUUACAUGAAUGUACAAUAUCUAUCAUUAUAAGUACUCAUAGUUUAUUGGUUUUCUUAUUUUAUAUCAAUAUAAUAAUUAUGCAAAAAUAUUUUCCUUGAUUGUAAUUCAUCCUCACUUUGCAGCAUACACUUGUACAUGUAUACACUGAAUGAAUGACACAUUGGAACAGUAGCCUUCUGUAAUUUAAAGUAUUUUCCAGUCUAUCAUGCUAUUGCAAUAAAUCAUAAAUAACUAUC